GCAACUUCACCGACGCGCGACCUCGAACCGCCCCAACUACAUCCACAUAGCAACUCCCCACCACCACCCACCCACCCUUCACCAUGGCGUCACCCGCCGCCGAAAACAUGCAAAAUGGCAUCUCAACGCCGCCCGCAACAGCUAAUGCGCCUACACUCAGUCCACCGACCCAACAACCUCCACCCUCCCAGCCCCAACAACAACAGCCAUCGCAACAACAACAAUCCCAAACAAACGGUGGUGGUACAAACCCUAAUACCACGACUACUUCUACCGCAACAGCUAUGAAUCCCGCUUUUCCAGGUACUUCUCUGUCCGACCCGGGAACCUCGAAGCGCCCACGCGACGCCCGGCUCAUCCACCUUAUCCUCGCCAACAUGGGCGUGCACGCGUACACGGAGCGCGUGCCCCUCCAGCUCCUCGAUUUCGCCUACCGGUACACGUCUUCCAUCCUCUCCGACGCCAUUAGCUACGAGCCCCCACUUCCCACGACAUCUGGGUCCAAGAAGCGCGCUGCCGGCGGUGCAGCAGCAGCAGGAGGAGCAGGAGGCGAAGGAGACUCGGGCGAGGGCGUCAGUCUAGCGGCGCUAAGGACGGCUGUGGGGGCGCGAGCGGCGGGCACGUUUCAAGCAACGCUAGGUAAAGAGUUUAUGAGCGAGGUGGCGCAGGAGCGGAAUCGUAUUGCGUUACCCAGGGUGGAAAGGGAGUUUGGGAUUAGGUUGCCGCCUGAGAGGUAUUGUUUUACGGGUGUGGGGUGGGGGGUUAAGGGUGCGUGGGAGGACGAGGAGGAGGUGGCUGAUGAGGGUGUUGGCGACGACGACGAGAUGGAUUUGGAUGGUGGUGGUGGUGCUGGGAAUGGAGGAGGGUUUGGUGGAGGACCUGUUGGUGCUAUUACGAAUGGAGGGACAAAGGAAGAGGCCAAGGAUACUGAUAUGGGAGGUAUGGACGAAGAGGAGGAAGAAGCCGAUGAUGACGAGUUUGAAGAGGCUAUGGGGAUUAAUCGGGAGAACAAUUCGUAGUAUGAGGGUUCUCGUGGUAGUCAAGAGUCACGUACUGCACGAGGCAGCAGCUAGGAUGACGGAGAAAAGGCGUUUGGCUUAGUUGGUUCAGUGGUCGGGGGGCUUCUUUAAACCUCGAGCAUUUGUAAAGGCGUUUUGGGGGGGAGUCGGAGCUGCAAAAAGGGUUAUACCAGAGCUGGCCAAAAGCUUUCUGUUCUUUGCUUGAAAAAAUUGGGAGCGAGUAUUUACAGUUUAUAAUACAAAUAUGCUUUCCGCUCAUGAUG